AUAUGUCAAAAAGACAUCAUUUGAUUUCGCCGUGAAGAGGUGUCGUGUCGGAAGAAGAAGAACAAUGGAGUGUUCAGCUCCGUCGCCGGAAGCAGAACACGAAGACGGCGGCGACGACGAAGUGAUGAGCGAAGUCCACCUUGGCUGCCCAUCUGGUUUCUCCGGUCCCCACGUUUCCCGGUUCACCGUUCGCCUUUCCCUUCCACCCACCGUCACACCAGAUGAAGAAGAAUUGGAAGAAACUCAGACUCUGCAAUUUGAUGAAGAUGGUGACCUUCUUCUCACUCGACGCACCACUACCAUGAAAAAUGCAGAACUAUCAUGUGAUAGUUGUACUGUGAGAAUCCAGCAUAACAUCACAUCAUCAAUUCCAAAUGUUGGCCUGCAGGUUUGGAGAGCUGAACUAGUAUUAUCUGAUUUUAUAUUGCAUAAAGCAUUAUGUUCAUCUGAGUUUCAUGGAGUUAUUGCAUUAGAACUUGGCGCUGGAACCGGCUUGGUGGGUUUAUUACUUGCACGCAUUGCAAAUACUGUAUUCCUAACAGACCAUGGGAAUGAAAUACUUGACAACUGUGAUAAGAACGUUCAUCUUAAUUCUGGACUCUUGAAUUAUCAAGCCACAAUUUUUGUACGUGAACUUGAUUGGUUCCAUUGCUGGCCUCCUAAAGCAAGAAUAGGAGAGGCACCUUUUACACAAAAGUACACCUCACAAUCACUUUAUGGUGUGUGGUCCAGGUAUUCUUGGACUUCCAGAGAAAUUGAAGAUGCAGAAAAUGCUUCUUUGCUGCUGGCUGCUGAUGUUAUUUAUAGUGAUGACCUGACUGAUGCAUUUUUCAGUACCUUAGAGAGAUUAAUGUCAAGGGGUUCAACAAAGAUAUUAUACAUGGCACUGGAAAAGCGCUACAACUUCAGUCUUUCUGACCUUGACGUUGUUGCAAACGGAUAUUCACAUUUUCGAAGCUUUCUGAGGGAUGAGGGUGAAAUUGAAAGCCUUGAGCCUGCAAGCAUGCCAAAUUUUGUGGGGAAGAGGGUGGACAUAUCUCAAAUUCCUCAGUAUGUUAGAGAGUAUGAAAGAGGACAUGACGUUGAGAUUUGGGAGAUCAAGUACAGUGGACCAAAACAUGAAACCUCACUCACCCGGGGAUAACAAGGUCCAAUGUUACCACUCAGUUUUAUAUAAUAAAAACGUAGUUUUUUUCUCUUUUAAACUGCAUAUUGUGAUGAUUAUUAUUAGAUGAGUUGUUAACAAAAAAAAAUUAUGUGAACAAAAUCUAAUGAAAACAUGGUUGGAAUUCUUUCACCGCCAUA